AUAACAAAAUAUCUUGAGUGACUUGAGGCGCCUUCAAGGAGAAACAUUCGAUGAUUCUGUCAUGCUUAUUUGAUCUGCGUCGUGAUUUUGAAAAACGAUUGCGCGUAGUAAUACGUUACGUCAUUUGAGUUUUGACGUAGUCAUUAUUGUGUGUGUAUGUGUGCGUUGCGUGCGACAUUGAGUGCAACAUCUGAGCUUCCUCUUUCGAGAUGACAAUUAUCGAAGCGGAUAUAGCGAAGAGAGAAACUCAAAGAGAACGCCAGCUGGAUCUGGGGAUGGCUUAGCUGGUCUGGAUCGUCUUUGACUAUGUUACGUGCUGCAGAAAAGAAGAUUCUGUCAUGUUUAAAAACAGCAUACAGAGGAUGGUAUGUGGAUAUCGGACCAGUAGUAGGCCCUGCAGACAAAAUAUGGACCAUAUCACUGAACGAAGAGUCGUCAAAGACCCCAAUCGUUCUAUUGCACGGCUUAGGAGCGGGUGUAGCCUUGUGGUGUUUAAAUCUUGACACUCUGGCAUCGCAGAGACCUGUCUACGCUAUAGACUUAUUAGGAUUCGGCAGGAGUAGCAGGCCUGUUUUCAGCAAUGAGGCGCAGAAGGCCGAGGAGCAAUUGGUGCGUUCGGUGGAGGAGUGGAGGAGAGAGAUGCAGCUGAAGAACUUUGUGUUGCUGGGCCACUCGAUGGGCGGGUUCCUCGCGGCGUCCUACGCCAUGCAGUAUCCGGAUAGGGUGAAGCAUCUCAUACUGGCUGAUCCGUGGGGCUUCAGUGAGAGGCCGCCCGACGCCUUGGCAAGGGCGCACGUGCCGUUCUGGGUGAAGGCCAUAGCAUUUGCCGUACAGCCUUUCAAUCCACUCUGGGCAGUUAGAAUCGCCGGACCGUUCGGGCAGUGGCUCAUUGAAAAGACGAGGCCGGACAUCGUCAAAAAAUUCGCCCCUGUGUUGAGGGACGAUACGGCUCUGAUUUCGCAGUACAUACAUCAGUGCAAUGCGCAGACACCGUCAGGUGAGAGCGCCUUUCACGCAAUGAUGCAAGGUUUCGGGUGGGCAAAAAAUCCUAUUGUCAAACGGAUGGACAAACUGAGCGAGGAUAUACCUAUAACGCUGCUGUACGGCAGUAGAUCAUGGGUGGACAACACGGCUGGCGAAAUAAUUAAGCAGCAUCGAUCUUCGUCGUACGUUAACGUUCAGGUAAUCACCGGGGCUGGUCAUCAUGUUUACGCGGAUAAGAGCGAGAUAUUUAACAAGCACGUGCUGGAAGCGUGCGCCCUGAGCGAUUCGAUACCUCACCUAACGUCGUCGAACUUACGCUCGUAUCCCAAGUUCAUAAACGAUCAAGAAAUAGACAUCACCUUGUCCGAUGGGAUGCUCGGGACGGAGAAAACGGAACGCGAGCCGAACCUGAACACGUCAGGAUCAACGAAGAUUUAGUUGUGGACUUUAACACGAAAUAGAUUUUACGAAACGAGAUAUUUCAGCUCCGUUCCGGAUCGGACACAAAGAAUAACGAUAAGAAAUGUGAUAAGGAUGCGUUGCGAUGUAACGGAGAACACGCGCGAUGCGCAUCAUACCGUAUAAACGCACGUUUUAAUUUCUCGUUCCGCAAUUUACGGCAUUUACGUUAUCCGUGAACGUAACGCAAUAGAAGAGUCCGAACUGACAGAGCGUUUGGUUUUACGUAAUAAUAGUAAUUGAUUAGAAAUAAUAAUAUUCUUCACGUCACCGAACGCCGUUAUAGGUUGUACAUUUUUCUCUUCCAAUUUUUGAAAAUCGUGACGUAUUGUGAUGCAUCAUCGUGAAUACAAAAUAGAAACGCAGUACAAUCUUGCCAUAGGUAAGAUUCGCGAUAAUCCUGCGUGAUCGAGCAAGUGCAAUUGAUUAAAAGUGUCUCGCAACAAGGAAAAAACUUGUACGAAAAAGUCAAAGGGUUAAGAGCUCACGCGGAAUAAUUAUAGGCAAUUUGUACAUUAUGUACACCCUUAAUUUUAUAGCACAGGUCACACGGUUUAUUACGAAGAAGCGACUUCGAUCUUGCCGUCGCCGUCGUGGUUAAUAUAAAAAAUUGUCCUACGUCUGCGUAGCAAGAUUUUAUGUACAUUGUACAAUUUAUUAUUAAUAAAUUAUUUAUUGUACACAAGUGUGUGUAGAUCGAGUGUUAGUGUUAUACUCGUAUUGUGCAAUAAAAAA